ACGAAGGGGGUAGCUCGGGCUCGGACGGGUAUAUAUCGGAGGGUCUCUCGUGCAAGCUCGAGCCGGCUCGCCAGCGAGCGUAUCGAUUCGAGCCGGCGCUCUCGGGGCGAGUCCGCCCUCUCGUCGCUCCUCGUAAGCUCGCGCGAGCUCGCCGCCGUCUAUUACAGCGCGCAGCUCCCGAGAGCCGGCUUCCCAGCGAAGGCUUCCCGGGUGAAGGGACUGUGCUACGACGAGGAGCGAGCAACAGUGCGCUGACGUAGCUAGAGAGUCGCCUCGACAAUGGGUAAGGAGAAGAUCCACAUAAACAUCGUGGUGAUCGGCCACGUGGACUCGGGCAAGUCCACGACGACCGGCCACCUUAUUUACAAAUGUGGCGGUAUCGACAAGCGGACGAUCGAGAAGUUCGAGAAGGAGGCGCAGGAGAUGGGCAAGGGCUCGUUCAAGUACGCCUGGGUGUUGGACAAGCUGAAGGCGGAGCGUGAGCGCGGCAUCACCAUCGACAUCGCCCUGUGGAAGUUCGAGACGGCCAAGUACUACGUGACCAUCAUCGACGCGCCCGGGCAUCGUGACUUCAUCAAGAACAUGAUCACCGGCACGAGCCAGGCGGACUGCGCGGUGCUGAUCGUCGCGGCCGGCAUCGGCGAGUUCGAGGCCGGCAUCUCGAAGAACGGUCAGACCCGCGAACACGCACUGCUCGCCUUCACGUUGGGCGUGAAACAGCUGAUCGUCGGCGUCAAUAAGAUGGACAUGACCGACCCGCCGUAUUCGGAGACCCGCUUCGAGGAGAUUAAGAAAGAGGUGUCGUCGUACAUCAAGAAGAUCGGCUACAACACCGCCUCGGUCGCCUUCGUGCCGAUCUCCGGCUGGCACGGCGACAACAUGCUCGAGCCGUCCCCGAAGACGCCCUGGUACAAGGGCUGGAAGGUAGAACGCAAGGACGGCAACGCCGACGGCAAGACGCUGAUCGAGGCGCUCGACGCCAUACUGCCGCCGUCCAGGCCCACCGACAAGGCCCUGCGGCUGCCUCUUCAGGAUGUCUACAAGAUCGGCGGGAUCGGUACCGUGCCGGUCGGUCGUGUGGAGACCGGUAUUCUGAAGCCAGGUAUGUUGGUGACAUUCGCGCCGGCCGCCCUCACGACCGAGGUGAAGUCGGUCGAGAUGCAUCACGAGGCACUGACGGAGGCCCUGCCGGGCGACAACGUUGGCUUCAACGUGAAAAACAUCUCCGUGAAGGAACUGAGGCGCGGCUACGUGGCCGGCGACUCGAAGAAUCAGCCGCCCCGCGGCGCCGCCGACUUCACCGCCCAGGUGAUCGUGCUGAAUCACCCGGGACAGAUCAGCAACGGCUAUACGCCGGUGCUCGACUGCCACACCGCCCACAUUGCCUGCAAGUUCGCGGAGAUCAAGGAGAAGUGCGACCGCCGUACCGGCAAGACCACCGAGGAGAACCCGAAGAGCAUCAAGAGCGGCGACGCCGCCAUCGUGAUGCUGCAGCCGACCAAGCCGAUGUGCGUCGAAGCCUUCCAGGAGUUUCCGCCCUUGGGCCGCUUCGCGGUCCGCGACAUGCGUCAGACCGUCGCCGUGGGUGUUAUCAAGAGCGUCACCUUCAAAGACACCCAGGGCAAGGUAACAAAGGCCGCGGAGAAAGCCCAGAAGAAAAAGUAACCAUCAAGCUUCCUCGGAAGCUCGCAGUCCGCCGGCCGGUGCCCCGCAGGCGUCCCCGCGCAUGGACCCACCACCACCACCACCGCCACCACCGUCAGGACGCAGCACGCCGCGGCUGCUCCACUCGAUUCAUACUCGACUAAUACCAAAAGUCAUAAGAUGUUGUGCUUACCCCCGUUACAUUACCCGGUAGUGUUGAACCCGCGCAUCUAUCCGAACCUGCACAUUCAGUUCACCCACGCCCCGCGCACGCCUCACAUAUGCUAGGAGGAAGCGUUGCCCGCGCGUUUUACUCGCAAUCCAUUAAUUACUACGAGUAUUGAUACGAUAUGUGUCCGAUUGAUUAUCAAGAGGUCAAAAACAAAAGCAAAAAAACCACAAGAAACAAAAACCAAAAGUCGUUAUCGAAAGAGCAAAAAACGGGAGAAAAAGGGGGAAAAAAACCGGAAAAAAGAACCACAUACGAUAACACGAGAAAAAAAAAGAAAAAAAACAAUAAGCAAGAAGUACUAAGUUCUCUUGAACUCUCUGUGUAUGUAGUUAGGUUUUUCAAUUGAUACAAACAACAACAACAACAACAACAACCGAGCAUCGACGACGACGACGAUGACAAACGGAUCGCUGCGGUCUCGAAGACCACCGCCAGCACGUUUCCGGAUCCUCUCGUCGCUCUCGCGAGGGAGCGAGGCGGCGGCCCGUCGCACCCGUCGGAGUGCGUCCCGAUCUGGUCGAGUUCCGAUGUGGGAUUCCCAACCUCGGAUCCUCCGACCGGUCGUUGUCGGGAUGGACAAACGAACGCGCGGCAAAGCGGACGUUUCGGCGGCUGCACGCCGCGGAGCGACGCCGGGCUGACGCGUCGACCCACACACGCACACACACGCAUAUAUACACACAUAUACACACACACACGGGGACGAGCGCCGCCGACUCGCGUCCCCCCUCCCUAAUGACCUCUCGCGAUCGAUUCUUCUUUUCGAAGGGCUCGUUAAGGUUGAUUUGUUCCGAGACUUGGUUGCCUCGCGCGCGCGAUUAGUUUUAUUACUUAUAAGGUAUAAUACUUACAUCUCCGUAGUUAGGGAUCAUUAGAGACUACUACGCUCCCCUCUCCAUCCAGCGAGUCGCCGACUAUAUACCCUCCUCCCUACUUCGGGGGAGGGCAUUGUGAGUCGUCCAGCGAGUCGCCCACCGUUAAUCUCGGCGCUCUCUCCCUCCCUCGCCGCUCGCGCCCUAGACGCGUUCUACGAUUGUUUUCGACCCUUAGCCAGUAUUAUGUUGAUGUAAUAAAAAAAAUCUUUAAUUGCA